CCUGUUGGUGUCUGGGUGUAAGGACAGGUGAGAGGUAACAAGUUGAAAGGUCGUGUUAGCAAGACGGUAAGGCGGCUACACUUUUGCUGCAUUCAUACUAAGUAAAGGCAAUUAAAGAAAGCGAAUUUUUCCGUGUGCUAAUAACUUGCGAAAAACGAAUCGGUUGGGAAACGGUUCCAACAGGCGUCAGCUUUGAGGAUCAGUAACGCGUAUAAGCGGUGCUCGCUUGUUAGCUAACGUUAGCAGGCUGCUAGCUGGCUUGCUAAGUUACUAUGUCGCAACAAAGUGCUUGGACUUAUUGGAGCUAACAUAGCUAGCUCACCUAACGGAAAUUUACUUUGAUUCUAGAGGAAAACAAGAAAGAUGGCUGUGUCGGUGCGAGGCCUGUACUUUGUGGUGACCCUGUUUUUGGGCAGUUUCUUCGGAAGCGUCUUCAUGCUGGGUCCAGUUCUGCCUCUCAUGCUGCUGUCCCCCGCUUGGUACCGCUGGAUCACUGAUCGCAUCGUCGCUACCUGGCUCACCCUGCCUGUGUCCCUCCUCUCUCCCUCUACAUCCUUUUUCAAUGACCAUUUGUGUCUCCCCUCUCCAUUUUCCUCCCUCUCCCUGCCCUUUCCGUUCUUCCCUCUCUUGUACUUCUUCUUCGUCGUCGUCCUCCCUCCGUCCCGGUGUCUCUCCCCUCUGCAGUCGUUGCUAGAGCUGGUGUUUGGGGUGAAGGUGGUGAUCACAGGUGACGGCUUUGUUCCGGGUGAGCGCAGUCUGAUCAUCAUGAACCACCGUACACGACUGGACUGGAUGUUUCUCUGGUGUUGUCUGCUCAGGUACAGCUACCUUCGUAUGGAGAAGAUCUGCCUCAAGGCCGCCCUGAAAGCUGUGCCUGGCUUUGGCUGGGCUAUGCAGGUGGCCUGCUUCAUCUUUAUUCAGCGCCGUUGGGAGGACGACAAGAAGCACAUGGAGAACAUGCUGGACUACUUCUGCGACAUCAGAGAGCCCCUGCAGCUGCUACUGUUCCCGGAGGGCACAGACCUCACCGAGAAUACGCGAGCAAAGAGUGACGUGUUCGCUGCCGAAAACAACCUGCCGAAAUUCGAGUACGUGCUGCAUCCCCGCAGCACUGGAUUCACCUUCAUCGUGGACCGACUCCGAAAAGGAGAUAACCUGGAUGCUGUCCAUGAUAUUACAGUGGCCUACCCCAAGAACAUCCCUCAGACAGAGCGCCACCUCAUCCUGGGACUUUUCCCCCGUGAGAUCCACUUCCACGUCCGCCGCUACCCGGUGACUUCCCUGCCCGCCUCGUCCUCCGACCUGGAGUCCUGGUGUCGCGAGCGCUGGGCCGAGAAAGAAAGCCGACUGCGGGACUUCUACUCGGGCCAGCACCGGGGCUUCGAUAGGGACGGCGUUGUGCUCGUGCCACCUUGUAAGACGGAGCUGCGAGUGUCUUUGAUCAAAGCGGCCUCGCUGCUCUACUGGACCAGCUUCAUUGCUCUGUGCUUCACCAGCCUGUGGCUGUGGGCUCCAGUCAGGCUCUACUUCCUGGUCAUGGUGGGAGUGUAUACGGCCCAGCAGAAGCUGGUCGGCGGGGUGGAGCUGCUGGAGUUGGCCUGCCAUCGGUACUGGAAGACGAUGGCCGCCACUGUGGAUGAGAAGAGUAAGGUACAGGCUGGGAAGAUGCAGUGAGGAUGGAAGACACACUGACUUUGACUGGACAAUGAUACGUUUCCACCUACACUCCGCAAGGACACUGAGGACUCGGUUGUCUUGGCCUGUUCAGUCCAGAGGGCAAGAGGAUCCUGAUGAGGGACCCGAUGCUCCACGCCUUAGAAACGGGAGCCAUGAGUUAACUUCCUCACGGUGUGCAUGGCUUCAGUGGAGAGAGCGUACUUUUCUGUCGAAGAGGAAUGUUAUUUACAUUUAUCUGUGUUGCAUUCAAGGAGUCCAUCACACAUACUGUGUCACUUGCCCUUUGUACGUCUCUCCUCGUAGGAACGCUGUUGUUUAGCUUGCUCUCGCUGCAUUUUAUUAGUUUAUGGUGUUUUAUUGUACUUGUUUGUUCAGAACCUCUGUGUCGACAUGCGUCAUGAAACAAUGCGGUUAGUAUUCCUCAUACUGUUGCCAUGUCUUUGCAACUCGUUUUAUUGUUCGCUAUGUUGCCCUUGGUUUUAUAUCCGUGUCAUAAAUUAUGGAGCAGAGCCAUAGUACAGCGCAGCUGUACAUAGGAUGACUUGACUCUAACCCAUAUUCAAAUCAGCACUGCAGUGAGCUGGAUUAGACAGACGGGACUAGUUAAAUGAAUCUGUUUCAUUUACUAGUCUCUAGCGAGGAAAGAAAAGGAUUGAUCUAAUUCCCAGAGAAUUACAAAGGAAUAUACAGGUAUAUAUGUGUACCAUUGUUUACCUUUUGUGGGUCUAAUUACCCUUUUAUACACAUUUGGGAAUGAAGUGUUCCCCGUUAGUCAUUAUAGAUAACUUGUGUGACGAUGUUUUAUUACUGUAAAGGUCUCGAAACAUAAACUAUGUUAUUCUCUUUGUUCGCUCAACUAGCUUUUGCACAUAAAAGCCAAAAGGUGAGAAAAGCAGACGUGAUUUUAAAAAGGAAACCAAAUCAGAAUGUAGUCUGUGUUGUUAGGAAACCCUGUUAGGGGACCCUCGCCCAGCCAUGAGGUAACAUCCACUCAUCACGAUCAGAGAUCUGACUGAGACCUGUCUGUAGAAGCAGCUGAGCUUUGUGCCCUUUUCUGGGACUGGAGGGGGCUGCCUUUUAGAGGCAGGAUGUGGGUGGUUGUGCUGUGGUGGAAGAAUGUCCUGUUGGGACAACAUUGCCCCUCCAUGUGCAGGGUGGCAUGGAGGACCAGACUUGGAGUGGAAAACUGGCCACUGAACUCGACCUAAUCCAAAAAAGCCCUGUAAUGCCCACCUCUGCCCGUGUCCCUCUGUAGAGGGCUGGCAUUGAUGCGCCUGCUAAACUCGAUUAGCAAGUGACAGCUGAGAAAGCCGCUCCAAUUGUGCCAAAAAAGGACAGAAAUUGAAAGAAGAUUGGAGCGGCGCUUCAGCCACACUUAUAACCACUGACUCUCCUUGCCACUCAAUACCAUGGGAGUCUGAAAACUUGUGUGUCUCAGACAGUCUACAGCACUUUCUGUAACACUGUGCGACACCCAUUUGUCUUUGACUGAAUCGUCUUUUUUUUGUUGUUGUUGAUAUGAAUCAGAAGCUCCUGUAGUUCAUGUGUAAAGAGGCUGCGUCCAGUCACUGUGAUCCAGCUGUGUUAACACUUUUUACUAUCAGCAUGUAGUAGUUUACCAAACAUGGUCCUAUAUCUGUCUCAUCAACUCCUGAACCAGCCACAAUCUCCACAUAUUACUCUGUAACCGUCUUCUGUUGCUCAUUUUACAAUCACUCGCUGAUGCUGGACCUCUUCAAAAGUCACUGUCCUCAGGUAAACAAGAGUCCGUCCCUUACAGGAGGAAAUGUAUAUAGAAAUAAAUAUACUAUAUCGACUCAUGUUUCCAGUCGUUCUUUCGAGUUUCGUUGCCAACCUGUGAAAUGUCUACUACUGAUUGUACGACUAGUGACACUUGUAUCUUUUGAUUAAUGGUGUAAUAGCUCACGUCUUUAGAUUGACGGUAACAUCGGCUGACAUUGCAGACGUUAUAGUGUGACGUAGGAAGCGUGACGGUGCAUUAAUUUAUUCAUCGUUCCACUCGUGUAGAACAUUUCCAUCACCCUGAUGUUUUUUUUUGAGUUGCUGCAGAGCGUCUUGUGUAUUGUCUGGGCAGCCCCUUUAAUCUAGAAUGUACUAUAACGAUCCCCACACUGCAGUGAAUGAGUCAACAGGACCUUGAAUGCUCAUGUUACACAACACUGGGGCCGCAGUUUGCACGCAAACACACACACACACACAAUCUGGUCUACUGUAGACGACCAAAAAGGUCAGGAGCUUUUGAAGGUGAAGUGCAGUCGCCAUAGAAACCACUGUUGACUCCCCUGUCUCCUAGCAACGGGAUGUAGAGUGAUGUCAAUGGAAAGCGUGCUA